AUGCUAAUUCCUUUGUUUACUUUGGCGUUAAUCAUAUAACUUACUCGUAGUGAAUAAAUGGAUAAUAUAACUUAAGUCAUUUUUGAUGAAGAUAAUAAAUGGGAAGCAAAAAUGAAAACUGCAAAUGAAUCCAUUUUUUAAGUUUAGCAUACAUACACAAAAUAUUGUUAUGUCAGGAUUAGUCUACUAAUGAAGGAUGCUGGCCUAAUUGCAAUGGCGGAUUAUGAUAAUUUACCUAAUAUUAGCCUUUACGAAAGUUAUAAACAAGGAGAGAAGUUAGAUAGAAUUAGCCAAUACGAAAAUAGGAAAACGAGGUUUCUUAAAUUGAAGACUGGAAAGGGGCUUAUCUACAUUUAUGUAAAGGGAAACAAUACAAAUAAUGAAUAUACCAUUUCGAUUAGUGGGAGUAAUGAAGAAUAGUGUGAUAAUGACUGCUCCAACAAUGGGAUUUGUAAGGUAUACUCUAAUUACAAUAAUAAGGUUAAAGGAUGUAGUUGUAAUAAGUCUUUUUUUGGGAAUGAUUGUAAUCAGAUUGCUGAAGAAGUGUUUGUAGGAACAUCGAAAUAACUCAAUAUAUCAACUGAAAAAUAACUAUAAUUUUACUAUAUAGAUAUUUAAGCUUUGAAGAAUUACACAUUUAGGAUUGAUUUUUCUGUGUCUUAUAUUUUGGGUUAAGAAGAAUUUUGUAACCGCUGCUUAACACUUUGGCAUUUUCUAACAAAGGGUCUUAUAAAAAUAGAUUAUUUUGAUUAUGAUGAUUAUUUAUCCUUUUAACUUAAUGAUUUAUGGCUACCUAAUGUAAUUGAAGAUGGGUUUUCAACAAUUUUAUAUCGAAUUCCAUUUAAUUUAUCUGAUUAAAACUAACUUUUAAUUUUUGCAUUAGGAAAAGAAUGGGAUACUGUUGACUAUGUUGAAUUAUAGAUGACAUUUAGUUAAGAAGUUACAAAUUAUGAUUCGUAUGAGGAUGAGAAUGAGAAUGAUGAUAGCGAGGAAACUAAUAGAUUACUUUACAUCAUAAUCCCAUCUGUUGUCGGUACAUUAAUAACGCUUGUCCUAUUAUAUUUUUAUCUGAGAAGGAGAAAUUUUCUUAAUAAGUACAGAAAACCAAAUAAUUAAUAAUAAAUUGUUCUAGAGCCUGAAAAAUGUGCAAUAUGCUUGGAGGAUCUUAUAGAUGCUUAUAAGUCAUUAUUCCAGAUUGAAUGCGGCCAUCAAUUCCAUCUCAAUUGCAUACAAGACUGGGGUAAAAAUAAAUAACAACAAAAAUUAUGUCCAUUUUGCAGAAGACCAUUUAAUCCAGAUCAAAUUAAAUGA